AUGGAUGGUCUCAGCACACAAUACUUGCAGAUGGCGAACGGCCCGCAGAGCCAGAUGCAUGAUCCGGUAUCUGUGGUGAAUUUCGUAGACCAAAUGCAACUUGCUUUUGAGAGAAGCACGGCCCCGCGUAAGAACUUCCUCCUUGACAGCACAACGCCUCGUGGUGAUGCUAUCAUUACUGAAGUUUCUGCAAUGAAGCCAGGGAACGGCUGGGUCACACUGCAGGUAACCGAGGGAAUUAGGCGUGGUGUGCACGAAUGGGGUGUAACCAUUGAAAACCAGGGCGAGACCACAGACGGAAGUGGGCUCAUGCUUGGAAUAGUUCCCAAAAGCUUCUCAAAGUAUGAUUCCUUCAUUUCACAAGGUGGUGGCUGGUGUCUAAGCCGCGCCGGAAAGUUUUACGGCCAUUGGAGGAGGCACGAGGCGAACGCAAGCGUUACUUUUGGUACAGGUGACCGUGUCAUUUUUAUUCUGGAUUACGAAGCGGCACGCAUGACGGUGCGGGUGGGCGAUAAGUAUGUUGUGGGUGAGAUUAGCAACAUUGCUCCCGAGGUGUUCCCGGCGGUAUCCCUGCAUUAUCGGCACCAGUUUGUGCGGUUUGAGUACCGCAAGGUGCAUGAUCGGCAGUCAAAGAAACUGAAUUGGAUAGAGAGACUUGCAUUCCCUCACGCAACGGUGUUCCUACCACUGACAAGGCAACAAUUAGAAGAUGUACCACUAGGUUCAUACGUUUUUAGUCCACUAUUCGCCGAGGGGCAGGGAUGUGCGCCGCCGCGGAAAAGGCAGGGAGAGCAUGGGCCAGCAACUGGCGAAUCUCUUGACACUGAGGAAAGGGGAGCGAAGUUGCAUUGCGAUUACGAGGCUCACAGCGCUGCAAAGGCACGGUUGACUGUUGUUCUUCGCGCCAUACAAGCAGUGAGACGCUACUGUACGAACGGUGUUGUGGCGGCACACACUUUUCUUGACCGAAACGUAACGGCAGAAAUGCUGCGAAGUCAACGACACGCCUUAGCAACUCGCGGGUCCGAUCGGCGCGGCGGAGGGGACGCCGCAGUGGACUGCGGGGCGUUAAUACUUAUCCACAUGUUUUCGCACUCCAGCAUGACAAUCACUGGUGUUACUAUGUUACCGGUGCUGCGUAGCUUGCAAGAGUACCUUCGUAGUGUUGACCUCUUUAGCCUCAGUGAAGCAUCUGUUGGUUGCACUAACGCGGGGACCAUCGUUUCUCCAGACGUUGUGCGGAUGGCAGCAGAUAACGUAGCUGGGCUCAUUGACCGCGCUCGUAGGAAUGAGUGUGAUAGCAGCAAUGAUACGGCUGUCAGUGGUAUGGGUAGCACAGAUGCUAGCAUCAGUUUGAUUCCCGGUUUGACGGAACUCCUUGUACUGGUGGCACUGCAGUGUGGUACGGUGUGUGAAGUACUCCGUGCCGUCAGGGUGCUGCUGCGCGCACCCACAAGUGAUGUUUCACCCGAGAUGCUCACUUGGUUGCGGUUGAAUAAGGCAGCGCUCACACCGAAAUGUUACCUACCUAAACUUCACGAAGCCUAUGACGCUAUUGAAGAGGAUAUGGAGCAUGUUACGCCCUUCGCUCCUACCAUAGAGGUUAAGGUUAUUUCAGUAGGUUAUCAUCGUGGAGCAAUAUACGUUCAUACAGCUGACACCCUCCGUAGGUGGGGUGUUUUUGUUGGGGCAUACACACCAACAUCCACGACAACCGAACCUAGGAACUGCUGCCUCAACUGUACCAGCUCCAGUAUCGCUUUUAUGAAGGACGAAGGGGUCAUAUUCCACACUGAUCGUAUGGCGGGUGCCGGCAUUGCUGUGGUGGUCUAUUCUUCAUCACUUGAGAUCCAGCAAACGGUGAUGCUUGCCAGUGUGCCACAGUGGCCUACGACGUCCAAUUAUGUGCGCAUGUGCUCUGGGCCCGGCCACCACAUAUUGCUUGUGUACGACGUGCCUCACUCGGACACAUCGUCAGCAUUACGAGGAACGGCAGCUCCGGUGCCAUCGACAACCGCGGGAACGUUGACGGACGACGCAAGCAAAGCUUCUGCUACUGGAAUCGAGGUACAAGUACUCAAUGGCAAAAAGUUUCCGGAGGUAAAGUGGCGUACGAAACUUCAAUUUCCACCAUUCGACAACACAACAAGAUCGUGUGUGACGUUGCGCAAAGGAAGCGUCAUUGACUUUGGCAACCCUGAGACGUACCUUAACACCACAGGUGGUCACAUAACUGUGGAAGUGUGGAUAAAAAUGCUUGAUAAGAACGAUGUUUCCGUGUUUUACCAGCAUGGUGACCGCAGCACAAGUGGCGAAGUAUUUCUCGAGACGGCACGGCUGGAGGGGGCGUGGCGGAUUCGUGGUGGCUAUCGUCACGACUAUCGUGGAAUGUGUGUCGUUUCGGCGCCAUUUAACCCGGCUUCCGAGUCCCGUUUCGUUCAUGUGGCGUUGGUGUUCGACGGAAACUGGCGACUUCAUUUUGAUGGUGAAGAGGUGUCGCGUACCAAACAGUGCCUCCAGGUGGCACUUGAAAACCCCCGGCAGCGAUGGACAGCCGGCAAUGACUGCGUUUGCCAGUUGGCGGGGCUGCGGGUAUGGAAGGGGGGGCGGACAUUUCGCGAGAUUGCCCGUGAUUCCUCCCGUGUUCUUGGUGGAGAUGAGCCUGGUCUGGUGUGCCAAUACCUAUUCAACGAGCACAACGGAAACGUCGUCUACAACCAUGUGAGGGGCGAAGCGGCUGCGGGACGUCACGCCAUUGUCCGGGGGGCAUUUUCUCGCACUGUGUGCAACGAUCAUCCACUUCUCGCUUCUGCACACAGCGAGCCGGCACUCGGGACCUCGACGGUGCGUGUCACAGCCCCAACGUACGAUCUACCUAAACUAGAGCAUGCUCAUGUGUUCUAUGACGGUGUACAUCUUGGUAUAUUAGAACAGAAGGAGCGAGCAUUUCAUGGUUUUGCUGAGAUGAAAUGUCUCCACCAGGCAGUGUUUUUUGACAUUGAAACUGGUCGCGGAGUGUAUGGGAGUUUCAUGCUUCGACAUCGCUACAAGCUAGGUCUCCUCGGGUGCGAUGAAAAUGGCCGUUACUGGGAGCUAUUUCAGGCAGGGGGGCAACCAAACGUUUCUUUGUUUGGUCAGCAGCAGCAGCAGGCGCAGUUACCUGCAACCGUUUCAGCAGGUACACUCUCCGUCUCCCCGAGCGCAGUGCUGGAAGAGGACCACAUCGCGUGGCACGACAACUUGGAAUUUUUAUCCUUCACUAGCUCAGUUAAGUCCGAAACACCGGGUGAUGCCCCGAAGGGAUCCAUUUAUGGGGACAUGGGUACCAGCUCACCAACCGACAAUGACAUCAAUACCCAGCAUAUGAGCUUUGGUGCAUUGGCGAUUUGGUUGUUGAACCUCCUUUCUUCGUUCUCGGAAUCAAACGACACUGCGUCCACCAAUUCCCUGUUUAGUCCACUACUUGACGAUGUGAGUGUUCGCUGUGUGCAGGAAAUACGGCAGUUGCUGCACGAACACUGUCGCCCAGUGAAGUCCAUCAGCUCGAGGCGUUCCCUGAGUCUUAAGGACAGUACUUCCACCAUUGCCAUUGGCACUGCCAUGCGCAUCCUUCUGCGCCUUGUGAGACGGGUGCGUGAUUUCAGAAUACAUCCGGACACGAUUGGACUUUCUGAAGCUGCUUCUGUCGGUGAUCUCAGAGGUGUUUUUCGUGAACUUAAUGCCAUCCAGCGCAGGCGUAGUACCGAUUGGUCUAAAGCUGGCGAUUCCUUUUUGACUACGCCAAGUCAGGCAGCAACGAUGGCGAAGGCGGCAUUGUCAGUACCGCCAAAAGACAUAUUCAACAGCAUUUCACCAACUUAUAUACCACAUGUUGGAUUGGGCUUACUUGGCAUUCUUCUUGACAUCAUAAAUGAGUCGGGCUUAAGUUUACCCACAGAGUUGGGUAGCAUAGCUUGCAUCAUCGUAAACGAAGGUGUAACACUUUUCUUCCCCACUGCGGUGGUGCGUGCCAAUCUGCUACGUGAAAUACUCGGAAAGGAGGAAGAGAGCAUGACUCGGUCACCGGCUCUGAGUGUGCUUCUUCAUGCUAUUGUAAGGAGUUUUACUGAUGUAACAUCUGCGGCGUCCCUUCUUCAGAUCACAGAACCCGACAACUGCAUUCCGAGGCGAAAUGAUGGCAUCGAACCGAACCGAAGCAAAAAUGACGAUACCGCGGCAGCCUAUGGAAAGCUCGCUGCAGUAAAGAGCACACUUUCAACGUUAGUUGUAGAAUGUACACAGCAGGUAAUGCGCCAGGCUCCAAACAAUCUGCGUCAGUCCCAACUUUCCCUUCUGUCGACAAUGGCUGAGGCAAUCGGGGUACUGCAGAUGCUGCUUUUUAGUCACUGUGAUGAGUUUGGGACAGUGGAUGUACACGAAAAGAUGAACAAAGGUAUUGAAAAUAUGCAUUCACUCCACGGUGUCGUUGGACUUGGUACGACGGCAAGAGAUUAUUACACGGAACUUUUUGAUAAUGCGGGGCUAAUUUUCGAAACAUUUGCGCAACGACUUGAGGUGAUGUCAUUGGGAGAGGAAAAGGAGACAUCCGGAAGAGUUUCUUUUGUUCUCGAUGUGCUUGGUAACUCCUUCGUUGGAAGCCCACUUCACACAGCUAUUACCGCCUUGCCCCUUAUGUGCUCUCAGGAGGAAUCUGGGUGGUUGCUUGGGAGACUCAACCACUUGUCGCUACGGUAUCGCGCACUUCUUUGCUCACUUCGCGCAAGCAUGACAACGGGAACAACACUUGGGUCACACCGUCCACUACAUGUCCUCGACACCGCCCUGUCGUUGGCAUCUUCGUGGGUUGCAUCCUUCAUGUCAUUAGGACAAAUAUCGGCACCAACAAUACGGGAGGAAAGUGCUUCCCCGUCCCACUCAACUGUCUCGACACCGCCUCACGACAACGCGACUGAUGCACCGUCUUGUGAAUUAUCCGCCACCCUGAAGGAAAUCUGUGACCACCCUCUGCUUGCUGCUGGAAUAAAAAAAGACGACGACAAAAAUGAUAAAAAAAUGGAAGUUCUAAUGAAGCUUCAACAGCGGCAGGCCGAGUGGCAGUCCAUUGCUCGACGGGAUGUGGUGCUUGCGUCCAAGACGCCGGUGGAGAUUGAAGAAGUGAUAUCUAUGGCUGCAAUCGCAGUUGUUCAUCUUAGCAGUGCGAGAAUAGAGGUUCUCGCCAUGAACGAAUGUAUCGAAUUGCUUGCAAAGACAUUGGUACGCCUGAAAGGACUAAGGAGUGGAUUACUGGAUAAACGUUCCAAGAGUCCCGGUGACUUUUUAGCUGUCCAACAAAACGCGAAGGAGUGCUGUCAUUUCCUGCUGCGUGUGGCAAGAGUAUCGGACUCUACAGUGAUUCAAAUGCCAUCCCUCUAUCUCGCUCGGACGUACGCGGAUCGAGCGCAGGGGGAUCCUAAACGGCCUGGCAAUGUGAACGUCGACAAUUGGAAACGGGCAGUCCUCAUUAUGCGGAUGAAGCGGCUCUACCAUCGUGCCCUUGUCUAUGGCUGGUCAUUGAUUCAGAUUCCCGCCGCAGUUGCACUUGUGGAACGUAUCAUUCUCUCCCCCGAAAUAAAAGCAUCAGACAUGCGGGAAGCCUUCGAAGAGAGGGAAAGGGGGGCGCUCAGGCGCUUAAGUGGUCUUCAGCAUAUGUACCAGCUAUUUCAGAAUAAUGCCCGCCUUGGUUGUAAGGUUGCAUCACUUCUUUUCAAUGGUCGCGUGGGUGGAGGCCGACAUUUUGAGCUUGGCAUAUCCGCGUCGGGUGAUUCCACGCGUUGUAGCUACCGACAAACGAUGUAUGACAUUAUUCGGCGACUUUGUGAGAUCACACGGCCGAUAACAAAUCACAAAGGCUUCCCCGAGGCAACCACUGAUGGCUCUGCAUCACCUGCGUCGUCUCCACGAGGAGUUGUCGAACCGUGUCGAUCAGCUACGCUAAGCGAGGUACUCAACAGGCAGUGGCUUCCCAGUGAUUUUUGUUUCUUCAGGGAGGUCCGCGUCGUGGAAGUAAUGUUCCUUUCGUUCUGUAGCAUAUUCCAACCAAAUGCGUCUGAAACGUUGCGGCAUGAACGGGCACUGGAGCUGUCGCACCGGGGGGCCGUUAAGGGGAAUAGAACCCACCCGGUGGCUGGCAUCGGUGGGAGCAACAACGGCACUACCUUUCCAAGCUCUACCACUGCUAUGAGUGGUGGUCGUACGAGCGGGAGCGGUAGACCUCUUGCUGUUGUCGCGCCCGGGGGUGUGGGAGAUGAAGGAAAUGAACAGACGUUGCAGCGCACACCGAGCGAGUGGGCGUUGCUGGAAUCUCUCAAUGCCCUCAAGUCAUUGGGACUACAGUGUGCUGCUGCGCUGGGUGAUGAGAAUGCGGCACCGAACGAGGUGCGUGGCUGUGUUAAUUUUCUCGACCUCGUUUUUGAGGUGCUCGAUGAGGAGCUACGUAAGUGCGCUUACUAUGCAUCACAGCCGUACUACCAUAGUCAAGAUCGCGUACUGGAGCACAUCGGAUUGCUGUGUACUCUAAUCAGCACGUUUGCCCGAGCGCUUCCGGCUGGCUUUAUUUGCACUGAGGUUGUCUGUCCAAAAGCGGCGUUUCUGGCCUUCCGCCUUUGGUUGGUGGCUGAUGUAAUGGUAUUAGCAUCCGCAAUGAAUGUGGGAGCCUGUCCACUGGCGGAGGUAUGCGUUCACACCAGUAUUUUGCUACUUCGUCACUGCUCGCCCGCUGCUGUCAACCCAUUGUUUACCAAAGAGAGUAUUAUGAGUGUUGUGCGGAAGUUACUACCCGCCGUAGCCGCGGAUUGUGCAGCUGUAGGCUACUUUUUUUCCUUUGCAAUACGUUGUGUCUCUGGGGACAGUAGUACGGGUGGCAGUGGUGCAAGCGGGAGUGCGCUCGGUAAUUUCGGUGACAUUGGGAUAAGCUGUGUGGCUUCGCUACAUGCACUUCUCUGCAGUCACCCAUGGGAUGAGACAUUCUCCGCCAUGCGUGGGCCUUUCUUGGCUGACCUCGCAGACUCGGCAAAUGGCGGAGAGGCCAUGCGUCCGAACGGCGUUCGUCUGCUCAUGUGGAUUUAUCUCAUCGGGGGGCCUCCGUCUGCUUCGUUAGGUCCUGGCAGGAAGGUUUUCAUGUGUGUUGACGAAACGCUAGCAGCAACCGAGGAAGCUUACAUCGUCGACUGCAACGCGAAGGCGGGCACAGCAACCGUCUUGCCAAUACAAGUGGGCGCAUUCACCGAGGAACAUGAGGUUCCCCUCGACAACCUCAUCAAUGCGUCGCAGGAUGAGGUUCUACUUCCCCGCUCUGAGGUGUUAUUCCAGUUCCUACUUCCAGCCUUGGAACAGUGCUUCUCACCGCGACUUCGGCCACAUUCUUCGCCCCUCCCGUGGGCUGUGAUCGCCAGCCUGCUGCGCAUCACACUCGCCGUCUUGAAAAAAGAUCCUUCUGCAAGUUAUGUCCUGCUUGAGCGGGGGAUCAUCGCGCAAGUGGACGAUUUCGCGUUCCGGACACCUGCCAAAACCCCGUUACCGUUGCGGUAUCUUUACGAGAUGUGGCCGUUGCUCCUUCCACAGACAAUGAAUUGUCAACAGCGGGCAUUGUUUGAUGCUGUCACCUCUUCCUCGAAGGAUAAUGAUGCAAAGGCUCUAUCAUCCGGCUAUGUAUAUCCGGUACGUACACCAUGCCACGAUAUCCAAGGUCCGCCUUCUGACCCUUCUGCGCACACAGCAAACUCGCUGUUUAGUGUAGCAGCUGCGGCUAGAUACUCGGUACUUCCCCGUUUGGAUGUUGAAUGCAGCAACGCUGACGUGGAUGAUUACAACGGCAGUGGGAACAUGGGGGGUAGUCCGGCCAAUAUUAGUGGGAGCAGCGUCGGUUGCACUGGUUCACCUCCGCUGUUCUCCCGCCUACAGCAAGCACACUCCUCGCUCUGUCUUACACCCUCUGUUCUGUGCUUCAGUGGAGCCAGGGGCGAUCCAGCCGGAACACUCAUCAUGAAGGGUGUCAGUAAGGAUAGCUGCAUCCCACCUUGGGCGGACGGUAUAACCAUUGAGGCGAGUGUCCUUCUGUAUGACCGCCUUUUCCCCGAGCUGGGCGAAGCGUUCGUAAUCCCAGCUUCCUGGGGCCGCCCACCAAUUUCUUUCUCACUGUUUUCCUUGUACGAGAAGAAAGGAGACGGUCGAAGGUCGUUCCUGCGAGUGGUGCUGGACGAGGCGCGGAUGGAUUGUAUCAUAGAAACGGCAGCAGUAUCGGCAGUGGUAAUAUCUACGAAACUUCUUCAGGAGGAUUGGGACCAUUGGAUUCAUUUAGCAGUGGUCAUCGAUAGCAAAAGCAUAACGUUGUACAAAGAUGGUGCUGGGGUAGCGGCGGCCCUUCCCAAGCACUUGGGUGUAUACCUGGAAAAUCUGUUUCGUGAAGGAAGCGUAGACCGGCUUGUUAUAGGAAAUAUUAGUUCUGAUGGAAAGAGAACUGGUCGGGGGGUCGUGUCAGUGGACGAAACCGACAGUGAUGAAGCCAGUAGCAGUGGUGGUGGCAGGAGCUAUGGCAAAUCAUCCAACGGGGUUGUUGUGGCUCUCGACAGUGUGCGGCUGUGGGGAUGUGCGCGUUCUAUGAAGAUGCAGCGAUCGGCCGCCGAUUUCGUUGCGCGGGAACAGACGCUCCCGGUUUACGGUGUAAACGAUGGUUCCAACGUUACCUUUCGCUUUUCAGAGGCCACCGGAAACGAGACUUACGCUGAGAAGUGCGAGGGAGUGGGGGUGCUUAGCGGUAGUGUGCGCUGGGCCCCCUUCCCCGUUUUCUCCAGCAACGUUAACCUAGACAAGGUUCAGCGCACUGACGUGGCCCCACCUACUGCCCUACCUCUUUUCAUUCCACGGCGUGAGUUUGAAAGCUUCUUUGCCACGCUUGACCACUCACCAGCCCUCAGGCUGGGUGGGGAGUACAUGCAGAGCAUUUGUGCUCAUCUCAGUCGGCAGUGUGUUGUUGCCGCCAUUCAGCAAGCGAUGUCGCCACAGUACCGUGUCGUUCACUUUGAACAUUGUCGCACCAAAGGCUGCGGUGAUGUUCCGGCUUCUGCCAUUGUCGACCCGCGGAACAUCAUCGCAAGUACCGAGCUGAUCAGCCAUCUGAUCAAUUUGCUGCGAUAUAGUGACACUGGUUACCUUGAAGAAAAGGUGGUAUUGGCAGUUUCCCAGUUUGUGAAGGUGUAUUUUAGCUCUAUGACCUCAGAAAAGCGUCUCUUGAAGGGAUUCCGAGAGGCCGCCGUUGCGAUCACUAAGGCUCUGCACGAUGAAACAGAACCUUUCUGUGUGGAAUUGCCGACUGUUUCGUACGUGGCAACAGAUGCUAAUUUGGUGCCCAUUGCUACUAUUAACGGACCAGGAGGGGUAGUAUCCUUCGAUGCGAACAGUCGAGGUAUCGAGCAGAUGACCCUCUUGCGCGACCGUAAGCAGCGGGUACUCCUUGCAAAGUAUCCCGACGCACAAAGCGGUUGGCCGGAGUUAGAGGUGCCUAGCGACAGCCUUUGGUUCUAUGCGAAACCAAGCAUCAGUACACGGUCUGUUGCACCAUCCUUCACAGUUUCAGCACGGUCGCUUAAACCGCAGGUUGCGUGCGCAAUUUUUGCUGCACUUCGUGAAGUUCUCUCUUCGGAUGCUCGAUUCCAUUGCGGUCUUGGUUCUUUCUUGAACGCACCAUUCAUAUCACUCUUGACGGUGCGCACAGGGACGACGAAGUGCGCUGCCGUCCCCUCGUGCCGAAUCUUUACCUCUGUGUUGGAGUUGUGGCGGGAAUUCCCCCAAUUCUCUCAACAAGACCAAUGUCCAUUGAAGAUAACCCUAGCUAACCUCAACGCGCCGCUCAUGUCGGUUCUACAGCGUGGCCAUGCAUCAGUUGCAUCUUCGCCCAUUGGUCGCCACAACGUGAGGGUUCAAAGUGUAUUUGAGCUUUUGGUGGCCGCAAUUCGGACCGAAGCAGCAUGGGAUAUUUUGACUCAUAACCAGCGGACGCAAAUCCGGUGGAGGCGCCUUUGCUCGCUGUGGGAACGUUCCAUUGGCUUGUGUGCGCCAGCCAUAACCAUCGGAGUUAAUUCCUCCGCCCUGCCUGCUUCCGCCACUACAGCUUUGGGCAAUUCCAAUCGAAACCACAAAGUUAGCAACGUUAAUGCUGGUGGGUGCGGUUUGUCGUCGUCGGAGCAUAAGCAUGGUUAUGUACAUCUGGUUUUGUUGCCUUUUUCUGGUUCCACGCUGCAGCAUCAACCCAAGGCAUCGAUAUUCCAGCGCGGCAGUGGCGUUUGGAAUGCCUUCUGCGACCGGGGUUUCCUCUCGGCACGUAGUAACGUGGGCUUCAAACAUGGUCGGUUUUACUUCGAGGUCCGCAUUCCUGCUAACGGCGAUCCCAUAUCAGUGGGUGCUGUCACCGAGCGGGCGCAGCAGAACUCGUUUCUCUCACCGCGGGGGCUUGGCCACGACGGCGAUUCUUGGGGUUUUGAAAGUGCGCAAAUGUGUCGUUUCUAUCAUGGCUUUCGCCAUGAAUUUACCAUGCGUACAAAGUGGAAGGGGCUUGAUGUCAUAGGCAUCAUGCUAGACCUUGAGACGGACACACUCGCCUGCCUGCACGAGGAACGUCAAGUUAGUGUGUUCGACAAUUUCAGAGCAUCCUUAGGUGCAGGGGUGCCUCUAUCGUUUUUCCCAGCCGUUUCAUUUGGAGCGGGAGGCGUAGAUGUAAACUUCGGUGCGGCGCCCUUCGCCUACCGCGUUCCAGCUGGAUUCGUACCAGUUGACCCAUCAAAUUACAUGGCUUCACCAACGUCAACGCCGUGGAUGCUUAUUUCGGCGAUUGACGUAAGCGAGUGCCUUGCGAGGAGUGGGAAGAAGGGCACCGGGACGGACGCUAGUGAUGGUGCCGUCGUUGCCACUAGUUCCUCAAAGGAAACCCGGCAGCUCCCACCCUUUCUAGCAAGAGCUAAUGCUUCUGCUGCAACUUAUUAUGAAGGUCGAAGUGGACCACUGUGUGUGAACCUUCUUCCUUGUGGUCCUAAAAACAAAAUGACAUCUGUACAGGGAAGUGAGGUACGUGCUGAAGAGGACCCACGGUUCUUUCGGGGUAGCGUUUGUGUCCGCUCUGGACGCUGGUACUAUGAGGUUGGCCUCCGUGGCGACGCAUUAAUAAGUGUCGGUUGGGCAACGUCUACCGCUGCAACUGAUUGGUCGCGAUCAAGGGGGUUGGGCGACGAUGCUGAAUCAUGGGUGCUCGAAGGAAACCGAGCGACGGCAAGGCACAACAAGCACACGCGAAGUGUUGGCGGCCAGUUGUGGAAACAUGGCGAUAUCGUUGGCUGCUUGUUGGACUGCGAAGCCGGUACGAUUGCGUACACACUGAAUGGCGUCCCACUACAGGAAGCGCAAAACACCGAUGGUGAAGGUAUUCUCUUCCGCUCAGUGAAUCAUGCAAACGGCCUGAUGCCGGUCAUUGGUGUUGACCCUAAAAAUACCGCGGUCGUCUGCUUCUGCGAGGAAGAACUAUCGCACCUUCCGAAAAGGUGUCGGGCACUUGGCACAACGAGCCCCCUAAGAAAGGCACUGGAAAAUCACUUUUGUGGAGUAGAUACAAGUGGGGUGGCGGAAAGGGGCGUCAGUGGUGUUUGUAGUACCCAAUUCUCUCCCUCGCUGGCGCGACGUCUGCUACUGACCCUUUCGUCUUUGACGGAACUGAACUUUCACAAUGGCGCAGCUUAUUGCUUGGAAGAUACCCUCACGAAGACUGACAAAGCCGUACUAUGUGAUAAGUUUCUGGGUCACAAAAACGCCAUGCAGCUCCUUGUCACGUUACAAAACCUCACGAGCUUGGCCGAAGCGGUGAUCCCGUAUGCAGGCGUCCCGAGCAUUCCUAUGGAAUGCGAUGUGCUUCUGUCUGGUCCCAUCCGUAGGGCGUUGGAUCACCUUCAUGACUACAUGCUUCCUGCUGUUGGCUUGCGUUUCCUCCAUGGCUUUUUCUCCCAGACUAGCAGCUCUGGUGAAAAUCUCAAACUUACGCUCAAUAGGCGGAAGGCGUUGUCGCUGGUGAAGGACACAACUGCCACGCUUCCUGAGCGCCUCAGCGGAAGCAUUUUCGGUCAGGUUUACCAACUGUUACACGACAAGAAUGUUUCCCUUUUCUGUACCAGCCGGAAGCUGUGGUCCGUUAAUUUUGUGGGGGAAGGCGCUGAUGACAUUGGCGGGCCGUACCGUGAAAGCAUCACACAGCUGUGUUCCGAGUUGAUGGGCCCAAGCCUCCCGCUCUUUAUUCCUAGUCCUAACCAAGCCAGCGAAAUUGGGGAGUCUCGUGAGGUGUUUGUCGUGAGGCCUGAAAUGGAGGCCCCUGUGCGGCUAAAUAUGUACCACUUCUUCGGUCGUUUUCUCGGCGGUUGUCUCCGUAGCUCAGAGCCGGUUCCGAUUUACCUCUCCAGCCGCGUGUGGAAGACAAUACUCGGUGCGCCAGUGGGCGUAAGUGACUUGGGGAGGGUAGAUGUGGCAACAGUGCAGUCGUAUCGAUACAUUCAACAACUUAGCUCAUUGGGUGGCGGUGAAGCGGGCGCUACAGAUGGAGAGGUUGAAGAACUGUGUCCCGGAGGAUUUACUGUUGUGGACGAUAUUGGAGUGGAGCGAGAGCUCUUUCCAGGAGGAAGCGCCAUAUCCGUCGGCCGUCACAAUGUUGAUCUUUUUCUCGAGCUUGCCAUGGACUACAGACUGCACGUAAUGGGUGAAGCGCAGGUUAAGGCAAUCGCAGAUGGAUUUCAUCAGGUGGUCCCCGUGUCUGCAGUAUCGUUACUGAAGUGGUAUGAACUGGAGCGCAUGGUUUGCGGUCUGCCAGACUAUGAUGCGGAUGAGCUGCUUGAUGCAGCACGAUAUGAAGAUCUAAAUCCGGACAGCGUUAUUGUGCAGUACCUUCGCCAAGUGCUGCGUCAGUUCUCUCGCCAUGAGCGUGCAUUGUUCAUGCGGUUUGUGAGUGGGAGGGAACGACUUCCUUCCGGAGUGCGGCUUAAGGUAAUGCUUGACACCUCUGCACAGCAGACGAGAGAUGAGCGUGGUAACAACGCCUCAGGUGCCGACAACGCGGAGAACUCCAACAUGGGUGGCGAUACGUUUGAUGACAGCAGACUCCCACACGCCUCCACAUGUUUCUACUGGUUAUCGCUGCCGCGGUACAGUUCAGUGGAGGUGAUGCGGGAGAGGUUGCUCUUUGCGAUUCAACACUGCCUUGACAUUGAUGCUGACUUCAUGGUGCGUGACACCGGUAGUAUGGAGGAUGAGGGGGAACCCAUGUUGGCUGUAAUUGUGGAGGACGACGACGAGUUUGAGGAUUUUUCACAUCUUCGGUAG